AGGACGCUGCCGCUGCCUUCCAGGCCCUGCUCCCCUCAGUCUCUAGGGGUGCUAAAUCCCCUGGAAAGGCCGCUGCUCCCUGGACAGAGUCCUCCCCGCAGCAGCACCAACUUGUGCCAGCCACCAGGAGGGAGGAGAAACCCGGAGGCGGAGAUGGAAGGGACCCCUGGGGUCAUCCAGUCCAGCCCAGCCACCCGUGACCCUUCCAUCCCUGCUUGCCUCACAGAUCGACCACCGCCGCCCGUCAACGUCACCGUCACCCAGCUCAAGGCCAACUCCGCGAUGGUCUCGUGGGAUGUCCCGGAAGGGGACGUCGUCAUCGGCUACGCCAUCUUGCAACAGCGGCAGGACGGGCAGAUGCAGCGCUUCAUCCGGGAGGUGAACACGACGACGCGGGCGUGCGUGCUCUGGGACCUGGCCGAAGAUGCCGACUAUGUCAUCCAGGUGCAAAGCAUCGGCCUGCACGGCGAGAGCCAAGCCAGCAAGAGGGUCCACUUCCGCACCCUGAAGCAGAGUGACCGCCUGCCGUCCAACAGCUCCAGUCAGGGAGACAUCACCAUGGAGGGGCUGGACAAGGAGCGGCAGCUGCAGACGGGCGAGAUCGUCAUCAUCGUGGCUGUGCUGUUCAUGUGGGCAGCGGUGAUCGCCCUCUUCUGCAAGCAAUACGACAUCAUCAAGGACAACGACUCCAACAACAACAAGGAGAAGAGCAAGCCUGCCUCGGAGCACAGCACGCCCGAGCGGCCCACCGGGGGUCUCCUCCGCAGCAAGAAGAUGAAAUCGCCCUCUGUCAACAUCAUCGAGGUGUAGCUGAAACUCUCGGGACCUCAGUGGCCUCGGCGCUGCCACCUCCGCCGCGGCCUCCUGCUUCCCUGCAUGCAAAGAGUUCCUGCUUCUUCUCGCCCCAGGA